UUCACCCCAUCCACCACUUUUUCUGGCUCACAUCCGCCAUGACUCGCAUCACUUGAGCUGCUUUAGAGACUUAGCUGAUGUCGUGACCCAACGCCGAUCCCUCGCCACGACUUCUCAUACGAUCGGCAGUCACACUCGUGUUCUCUAGUUAUCUGGACCCGUCACGACCCAACGCCUCGCCGUAGCAGUAGCCUCGUGUGAGGAGGCGAUCAUCGUGACCUGGAGACCGUGAUGGAUUCUCCCACGCACAUACAUGACCUGCCUGACGACAUUCUCACCAAGAUCCUAUGGCACUACGAGCAGCGCGUGCCGCGUAAAUCGGACAGCGACGCCUUAUGGGAAUCCGACUUUUUAAUCCCGACACCCAAGUACAUCUCAGCCCGCCUUUCAGUCGAGAACGCCAUUCGCGAGGAGACGAGGACGCCAUUACCGACUCCUCCUCCCUCUGCCAACGCUCACCUCAUUCUAAUCAUCGCGUCCGUCUGCUGUCGCUGGCGCCGCCUCGCCCAGCGCUGCACCUCCGCGCUUUACGUUCGAGACAACCUCGCCGUUUCCCGCCAGGAUCUCGCGGGUGCGGUCGCGUCCUUACCGCACCUGACCCAUCUGCACCUGUGCGACGGCAGCGUGGAGACCCUCGACGACGCCUUCCUCGCGCACCUCGCCUCGUGCUGUCCUAAGCUGGCGAUUCUCCACGUGGGAAGCAGAAUCGCACCGGAGGAGAUCAAUCACCAUGAUUACGGCCAUUACCGUGCCGGCAGGAAGGACGAGCACCCCAUCACGGACGCGGGGCUGGAUCGGUUCUUCACGCGGAGCACUCAGCUGGAGCAGCUGUCGCUGUACUGCCUCCAUGUCAGUGCUACAUUCCCCGCCUCCUUCUUCCACCUCCCGCGCCUGCACACUCUCUCUCUCGCAAGCGCUUUCCCGCUCCAAUCCCCCCAUUUUGCGAGCCUUACGUCCCUCACCAGCCUCACUAUUGUCUCCGGUUAUUUGGACUAUCUGCAACUCCAGAUCCUAGCGCGCCUUCCAAGCAUCACGUCCCUUUCAGUCUCCGAUCAAACUCGCUUCGCAGGGGAUGAGCACGGCUCUGCUGACUUGGACCUUGCACAGCUGCCUCGGCUCAAGUCGCUGAAAUUCAAUCAGCUGCUGCCGUUGGCGUCUCCGUGCACCAGCAUCGAACGGCUGGACAUCCUUCAGUCAGACCCCAAGGACCUUCCGAGUGACUUUGGCCACCUGCUGCCGCGUCUCCGGGAGCUCAUCUUCCGCCAAUCCUGGUACCACUGGUCUCCCCCUGAGCCUUUCAGGCUGCCCGAGACUUUCCCUUCGCUAACUCUCCUGGAGAGCCUGACACUUUCCAAGUGUGACCUGCUGGGCAGCCUGCCCGAGAAUUUCGGAUGCCUGCCCACCCUGAAAACUCUGGUGCUGCACAAGCUGCGGCUCUCGAGCCUCCCUGACUCGCUGUGCCAGCUCGCCUCCCUGCAGACAUUCCUCCUCAUGGAAUGCGCCAGCACCCCAGUGGACACCCUCCAGCUGCCAGCAGGCUUCUGCUGCCUCACCGCCCUCCAAACCCUCUGCCUUGCCAAGAUGCCUCGAGUGCGCCUGCCAGAGAACAUCGGAGAGCUCGCUCAGCUGAGGACCGUUUUCCUCAGCGGGCUGUACCAGCAGCCGCGGCUGCCAGCGUCGUUCACGCAGCUGUCGUCUCUCACCCGGCUCGAGCUGGGCACAUGCAUGCUUCGAGAGCUGCCCGAGGACCUGGGCGUGGGGAGUCUGGCCAACCUGCAGGAACUGCACAUCCAUUCCUGCCCGCUGCUCCAGAGGCUUCCGGAUUCCCUGACGCGGCUCACGGGCCUUGAAGUUCUAACGGUGGACGAAUGUGUGAAGCUCACUUCCAUUCCGAGGAGGCUGGAGGGCCUUGGGAAGCUCAAAUGGCUGGAGCUGACAGGGUGCCGCUACCAGACUGAGCCUCCUGCGUGUCUGCCGCUUUCACUUGAGGUCCUAGACCUGGGAAACAGCUACCGCGUGGCUGAUCUACCGGACGUCUCCCUGCUGCCGAAGCUGAGGAAGCUGAGCCUGAAGCUGGUUGGCAAGGAGGAACGUAUGGCGGUUACCAGCAGCUUUCCCCACCUUCAGCACCUGGAGCUGCACUUGCAGGACGAUGCUCUGCAGUUGCCAUUCCCCCUGGCGCUGCUGCCCCAGCUGCACUCCCUGGUCAUCUGGAAUGCUGGGAAGGUCCAGAGGCUUCCAUGCGACAUUGGCUCAGCGCUGCCACAGCUGAGGAGUCUGCAGAUCCACCGUGCGGGGGAGUUGCAGGAGCUGCCUGAGAGCAUUGGCGCCUUGACCCGCCUGCGCCAGCUGCACCUGUUUGACUGCCCGGCUCUGCAGCACCUGCCGGCGUCUCUCACCCGCCUUGCAUGCCUGCACAAGCUGUCUGUUGGCAGCGCCACCAUUCGCUCUCUUCCCGCUGGCUUUGUGCAGCUGACCCGGCUGAGGAGGCUGGAUCUGAAUGGGUGUGAGCAGCUGCGGGCUCUGCCGCAGGGCCUGGCUGACCUCACAAUGCUGCGUUACCUGGGAGUCAAGGACUGCUGGCACGUGCGGGAUGAUCGCGGGCAUGUGGUGGAGCCUCGAGGGAUUGACAGCAUGUACGGGCUGAGGAUAGAGUAGAGGAUAGGAUUGAAGUAGCGUGGCGUGGCAUGGUGUGGCGUGGCAUGGUGUGGCGUGGCAUGGUGUUGCAUGGCAUGGUGUGGCAUGGCAUGGUGUGGCAUGGCAUGGUGUGGCAUGGCAUGGUGUGGCAUGGCACGGUGUGUCGUGGCAUGGUGUGGGGUGGCAUGGUGUGGCGUGGCAUGGUGUGGCAUGGCAUGGUGUGGCAUGGUAUGGUGUGGCAUGGUGUGGCUUGGCAUGGUGUGGCAUGGCAUGCUUUGCCCUGGUCAUGGGUGGUACGUUUGCUUGAGUCUAUUUGACGGUCCGGUUGGGGUCUUGCUGAGGAGUGAAACAUCAGAUACUUCUAUCUUGUACAAUGCAGCCACUAGACCACGCAAGAGCUGAGAAAUC